AUGUUCUUUUCACUAUACUCUACGCUUUUGGCAUUCGCCGGCAUUGCUGCUGCUGCCUCGCUCGAACCCACCGCGACUCAAAGCGAAUGCACGACAACAAUAACGGUUCUCGAUCCUGGCUUCACUGGCGAUUACCAGCCGACGAGCACUAUCACAAUCUACAACCAGACAGUCACAAUUGGAAAGCCUACAGACUGCCACGGCUGUAACCACGUCACAACCACAGUGGAGCCGGCGCCUUGGUGGGGUGGGAUCGGCCCGGAGAUCCAGAAGGUUAUCUACGUCCACGCAACGACACCAACUACGAUCACAUCACCCGUCUGUGCGACAUCAACGCCGUCCUCUACGACUGCUGCAUAG